AUGCUUUUGUGCUUCCAUAUGUGUCAAAGGAUAAUGUGGCUCCCUUUCGAUUUAAUGAAGUGGCGUAGAUUUCAUUGUGGCGCUGUUCUUGUUGGAACACUGAGCUUACGUAACCGCAGCCCAAAGAUACUUUCUCUUUAUUUUAUUAGCGAUAGGACAGGCUAA